AGAGAUAAAAUAAAAUAGGAAGGGACGGGGGUAGUAGGAAGUUUGUACGGCAGAGAGUCUCGACUGUAAAAGUGAACCCCUAUCCAGCUAUUAUAAAUUGUAGCCAAACUUUCCGGGUUUUCGUUAGUAACCCUAACGUUUCUGCCAAGUGCGGCGGAGCGAGCGGCGGUUCCAGAUAAGUCUCGAAAUUUCGGACUGGAAGUUGCACUAGUUUUUACUGUGACGAGCAUUCGAGUUUUAGAAAAUUUGAAACGAAAUUAGAGAUUAGAAAGCUGGAAAUUGGGUUCGGGGAGUGAGAAUUUGGGAGUGUGAGAGGGGUUUCGAGUGGUUGUUAGGGCCCGGCGGUUGAAGAAACUAACGGCGCCAUCUCUCCUGCGACAGGUUUUUAACGAACGAUGAGUCAAUCGAGAGGCUCACGGGCGGAUUUGGAGGCCGGCGGCAGCCGCUCGGGCGACUUGGACGACGAGUCCUCGUCCAGUCCUUUUGACAUUGCCAGAACUAAGGAUGCUUCGGUCGACCGCCUCAAGCGCUGGAGGCAAGCGGCACUUGUGCUGAAUGCUUCUCGUCGAUUCCGGUACACCUUAGACUUGAAAAAGGAAGAAGAAAAGCAGCAGACACUAAGGAAGAUUAGAGCCCAUGCACAAGCCAUACGAGCUGCAUAUCUUUUCAAGGAAGCUGGAGACCAGCAAGUGAAUGGAGUCGUAGUACCAAAACCAAGUUCUACUGGCGAUUUUCCAAUUGGACAAGAGGAACUAGUUCCAGUGACGAGGGAUCAUAAUUUUGCUGCUCUUCAACAAUAUGGGGGGGCAAGUCCACCACAAAACCUUUUUUGUGAUCUGAGUUGGUACAUCAACACUGUUGCUUAUAUUUGUUCUGUUGUUUCCUUAAAUCAGGUCACAGGCUUAGGGGACCUAUUGAAAACAAAUCUCGACAAGGGAAUUCAUGGAGAUGAUGUUGAUUUACUAAAACGGAAAAAUGCAUUUGGGUCGAACACAUAUCCUAGGAAAAAAGCAAGAAGUUUCUGGAGAUUUCUUUGGGAAGCUUGGCAAGAUCUUACUCUGAUCAUUUUGAUGGUAGCUGCAGUGGCUUCUUUAGCGCUGGGUAUAAAAACAGAGGGUAUAAAGGAGGGAUGGUAUGAUGGGGGCAGCAUUGCUUUUGCAGUUCUCCUUGUCAUUGUUGUCACAGCCGUUAGUGAUUACAGACAAUCUCUUCAGUUCCAGAAUUUAAAUGAGGAAAAGAGAAAUAUACAUUUGGAAGUCAUUAGAGGUGGUAGACGUGUUGAGGUCUCAAUUUAUGAUCUUGUUGUUGGUGAUGUUGUACCCCUUAAUAUCGGCGAUCAGGUCCCUGCUGACGGCAUUUUAAUAACUGGGUACUCACUUUCAAUCGAUGAGUCGAGUAUGACUGGAGAGAGCAAGAUUGUUCGCAAGGACUCCAAGGACCCAUUUCUAAUGUCUGGCUGCAAGGUAGCAGAUGGAAAUGGUACUAUGCUGGUAACUAGUGUUGGGAUUAAUACUGAAUGGGGAAUGCUCAUGGCUAGUAUUUCUGAAGAUACUGGUGAAGAAACUCCUCUGCAGGUGCGCUUGAACGGGGUUGCGACUUUCAUUGGUAUUGUCGGACUCACAGUGGCUUUUCUUGUCUUGAUAGUCCUGUUGGUUAGAUACUUUACUGGCCAUACAAAAGAUACAACUGGAAAACCUCAGUUUACCGCUGGAAAGACAAAAUUUGGAGAUGCCAUAGAUGGAGCCAUUAAAAUUGUUACUAUUGCAGUCACCAUUGUGGUGGUUGCUGUUCCUGAAGGGCUCCCUUUAGCUGUUACCUUGACGCUUGCCUACUCGAUGAGAAAAAUGAUGGCAGAUAAGGCCUUGGUGCGGAGGCUGUCUGCAUGUGAAACCAUGGGUUCUGCAACUACAAUCUGCAGUGACAAGACUGGAACCUUAACAUUAAACCAGAUGACUGUUGUUGAGGCUUUUACGGGUGGGAGGAAAAUCGUUCUCUCUGGCGAUAAGCCAGACUUGUCUCCAAUGCUAUCAUCUUUGCUUAUUGAAGGCAUCGCAUUCAAUACAAAUGGCAGUGUUUAUAUGCCUGAGACCGGCGGUGAUAUAGAGGUUUCUGGAUCACCAACUGAAAAGGCAAUUCUGCAAUUGGGAAUCAAGCUUGGAAUGAAUUUUGAUGUCAUAAGGUCUGAGUCUUCACUUCUUCAUGUGUUCCCAUUCAACUCUGAGAAAAAAAGAGGCGGUGCUGCGGUUAAAUUGCCCAAUUCCGAAGUUCAUAUACACUGGAAAGGGGCUGCUGAAAUAGUCUUGGCCUGUUGUACAAAGUACCUGGAUCCAAAUGACAAGUUGGUAGCUAUGGAUGAUGAGAAGUCAAAAAUUUUCAGGAAAUCAAUUGAGGAUAUGGCUGCUCGCAGUUUGCGUUGUGUUGCCAUUGCUUAUAGACCACAUGAAUUGGAAGAUGUUCCAACUGAUGGACAACUAUCUGAGUGGGCAUUGCCUGAUGAUGACCUUGUCUUGCUUGCUAUUGUUGGUAUAAAGGAUCCUUGUCGGCCUGGGGUGGGGGAUGCAGUGCGACUAUGCCAAAAAGCUGGUGUUAAGGUGCGCAUGGUCACGGGUGACAAUGUUCAAACUGCGAAAGCAAUUGCUAUGGAAUGUGGCAUACUUGCUCCAGAUUCAGAUGCUACCGAGCCAACUCUUAUUGAAGGAAAAGUUUUCCGUGAACUUUCGGAUAAGCAGAAAGAAGAUUAUGCUGAAAAGAUUUCGGUGAUGGGGCGGUCUUCCCCCAAUGACAAGCUUCUGCUUGUGCAAGCAUUGAGGAGAAGGGGUCAUGUUGUUGCUGUAACCGGAGAUGGCACUAAUGAUGCUCCUGCACUGCAUGAGGCAGACAUUGGUCUUGCAAUGGGUAUUCAAGGGACUGAAGUUGCCAAAGAGAGUUCAGAUAUCAUUAUCUUGGACGAUAAUUUUGCUUCAGUUGUGAAGGUUGUUAGAUGGGGUCGAUCUGUAUAUGCAAAUAUUCAGAAAUUCAUCCAAUUCCAGCUUACAGUCAAUGUUGCAGCACUAAUUAUAAAUGUCGUGGCAGCCAUUUCAUCUGGUGACGUUCCACUAAAUGCUGUUCAGCUUCUGUGGGUGAAUCUUAUCAUGGAUACACUUGGAGCUCUAGCAUUGGCUACGGAGCCACCUACAGAUCACUUGAUGGACAGAACCCCUGUUGGUCGAAGAGAGCCGCUCAUAACAAAUAUAAUGUGGAGGAACUUGUUGGUUCAGGCUUUCUACCAAGUCACUGUCCUACUUGUCCUCACCUUCCGAGGAAUAAGUAUACUGAAGCUGCAUGGUCCCAAUGCUACCACAGUGAAGAAUACUCUGAUAUUCAAUGCAUUUGUCCUAUGUCAAAUUUUCAAUGAAUUCAAUGCUCGAAAGCCCGAUGAGUUCAAUAUAUUCCAAGGGAUAACCAAGAACUUCCUUUUUAUGGGAAUAGUAGCAGUAACUCUCGUACUUCAGAUUAUCAUCGUCGAGUUCCUUGGGAAGUUCACUAAAACAAAACCCCUUACUUGGGAUCUUUGGCUGAUUUCAUCUGUAAUAGCUUUUAUCAGUUGGCCUCUCGCUGUUGUUGGGAAACUGAUUCCGGUUCCAGAAACUCCGUUAUACAAGUAUUUCACAAGAAUGAUCCCUAGGCGAAGAAACAAUCCAGAGGUUAGUCAGUAGGAAGUGUGGAAGAUAUAUUGCAGUUAGAGUGGCGGUUUCAUAGCUUUCUGGGUCUGGAUUGUUCUUUUGUCGGUUUUUGGCUAACGACAGAUAACAUUUCACAGAAUCCACGAACUAAUCUUUUGUUAAGUGGGGAAUGUACUUGCAGCAUUCAGCUUUACAGAAGCAAUAGUAUUAGUCGGUUUGGUCUCUGCUCACUGGAAUUUACUUGUGCAGUUUAUGUACCUAAAGAGUGAUUUGGGUUUUUAUAGUUUGACUUGUUUUGGAAUGUUGGAUGUGUCUAUAAAAACAGAAAUAUUUAAACCGAGGGUCGCCUUGCAA